GUGAAACCCCUUUUGUUUCCACUAAGAAUAUCCUGCCCUUUCAUCGUCUUCCCUCUCGCGCCUCUGAAAUCGCUCUCCGCUAGCCAGGGAGCUCCGGCCAUGGACAACGAUGACCCCCAGCGUCAGCUUCGCCUUCUGAUCCUCGAGUUCUCCGCUGAGAAAACGAAAGGAGAGCGCAGGCUUUCCGAUCUGCAAAAACGCCACCUAGAGCUCCAGGCCGAUUAUGAAGCUGCGAAUGUUGAGCUUGAGAAAACAAAACGAGUGCGGGAGGCUGCCGAGCGGGAGCUGAGGGGAUCGCAAGCUCAGCUCGAUCGGACCAAUGCAUUGCUUCUUGCGAUGGAGAGGAGAAAUUCGGCGCUGCGGGAUGAGAUCUCUCAAGUCAGCACAGAAAUGCAGGCAAUUAAGAACGAUGCCAAAAUUCAGCGAGAUGAGUUUAUCAGGACAAUGCAAGAGUUCAAUACUAAAAUAAGGAAGUUCAAUGAAAUGGCAAUCCAGUCUUUAAAGAAGGGACAUCCUGAUAUAACUGCAGAAACAG